AUGGCUCAGGACCCUCGCGCUCUGCUGCAAAAGGCAGACAAGACGCUCUCGAGCGCCGGCGGCGGCUUCAGCUUCUUCGGCGGCCGGGAGGAAAAGUACCAGAAUGCCGCGGACCUGUACAUGCAGGCAGCCAACGCCUUUAAGAUGCAGAAGCUCAACCGUGAAGCAGGCCAGGCCUUUGAAAAAGCGGCCCAAGUACAGACCACCAACCUCAAGGAGCCCGACGAUGCCGCAAACACCCUCGUCGACGCCUUCAAGGCCUACCGCAAGGACGAUCCCGAGGCCGCCGUCCGCUGCCUCGAGGUCGCCGUCACGCAGUACUGCUCCAAGGGCAACUUCCGCCGCGCGGCGGGCCACAAGGAGGCGCUCGGCGAGCUAUUCGAGACGGAGCUCGGCGACUCGAAGCGCGCUCUCGAGAGCUACGAGGCUGCGGCGGGGUGGUACGAGGGCGACAACGCAGCUGCUCUCGCCAACAAGCUCUGGCUCAAGGUAGCAGACGUGGCCUCCCUCGAGGGCGACUACUACAAGGCCAUUGAAAACUACGAAAAGGUGGCCGCCGUCUCCAUCAACAACAACCUGAUGAAGUACAGCGUAAAGGACUACUUCCUCCGCGCCGGCAUCUGCCACCUCGCGACGGGCGACAUGGUGGCCGCCCGCCGCGCCGUCGAAAAGUACGCCGACAUGGACCCCGGGUUCGCCAACCAGCGCGAGUCCAUGCUGCUCAACGACCUGCUCGCCGCCGUCGAGGGCGGCAACCAGGAGGAGUUUACGGAUAAGCUGUUCCAGUACGAUCAGGUUAGCAAGCUCGACAAGUGGAAGACGACGAUGCUCGUGCGGGUGAAGAAUGCGAUUGAGGAGCCCGAGGAUGAGUUUGCCUAA